AUGGCUCAGGCGGGAAUUGUCUCACGAAUAUGUUACAAAAGUAAAUUUUUUUUACGUAAUUCUCUUCGUUAUCGAAGCACAAACUCUCCCAAGCAGAAAACAGCUAGUUCUGUUUAUCGUACUAUGAACAUAUUUGAUCGAAAAGCUAAGAUUCUGCAAAAGGAAAGAUCUGCGCAGCUAGAAGACUAUCAUUUAUAUGAGUAUGUAAAGGAAGAGAUUGGUUGGAGAACAGCUGAUCGUAUUUUUGACAUUAAAAGGACUUUCAAAAAUGCAGUUGAGCUUGGUGCUAGUAGAGGUUAUGUCUCCCGCCACUUUCUACCAGAUAGUGUUGAAAAAGUUACUCUAUGUGACACAUCUCAAACACAUUUAGAUAAAGCCAUUGUCGGUGAUGGUGUGAAAGUAGAAAAAUAUGUUAUGGAUGAAGAAAAUAUUGAUUUUCCAGAAAACAGCAUAGACCUUGUGGUCUCUUCACUAUCAUUGCAUUGGGUGAACGAUUUACCAGGAUGUUUUGAUAGAGUCAUGAAAUGUUUAACACCAGAUGGGGUAUUUAUAGCCUGUGUGUUUGGUGGUGAUACUCUAAUGGAGUUGAGACAGUCCCUACAAUUAGCUGAAACGGAGCGACUCGGUGGUGUCUAUCCACAUGUCUCUCCAUUCACAAGAAUAAGGGAUAUUGGUGGACUGUUGAAUUCAGCAGGAUUUACCCUACAAACAGUUGAUGUAGACUCGAUAACUGUAUACUAUCCGUCUGCCUGGCACGUGAUGAAAGACGUACGAUUAGCUGGGGAAGGAAACUCGGCGUUAAAUAGACCAUUGCGCUUAAGUAAGGACACGCAAUUCGCGGCUGCCGCUAUAUAUGAAGAGAUGUAUGGCAAGGAUUUUCCCGAGAAAGACUCUCGUGGGGUACCAGCGACAUACCAGAUAAUAAACUUUGUGGGGUGGAAACCUGACCCGACACAACCACAGCCACGAGAAAGAGGCACCGGGGAGGUCUCCCUAAAAGAUUUACAUAGAAUCGACGAAAUAAUAAAGCAUAGUGAUAAAAUUGAAUUGAAAGAUGAGGAUAUGAAAUAA